UCUGCUUUCCCCCGCUCCUUCAGGUAGUGGUUGUUGCAAAGAUCACCUCCACAGCAAGGACCGAGUUGAACAGCUCGGGAGAGUUGGGUUUUGCCAUGAGGAAGUCUGCAGCCGAAGGAGAAGGAGGAGGAGGAGGUUUUGCAAUCGCUGGAGGGAGGGAGGGAUCUGGCGGGAGCACAGACACACCUCAGCAGCUCAGACAGGAGCCCUGUGCCUGUGGGCUCCCGGGCGGCAGCAGCAGCAGGAGCCCGCGAUGGGGAGCAGUCCCGACCCUUUCUUCCGCACGGUGCUGAGCCAGGAGCAGCUCCUGCCUGCCCUGGACUCCAGCCUGGCUGUCCCCUCCGACGAGAAGCUCCGCUUGUCCCGCCAGGAUGACAGGAGCUUCCGACUCCGGCAGCAGGUCAGCCUCAGCAUGUCCCGCAAGAACAGGAGGGCUUCCACAGACCGGGUGCAGCGGACACUCAGUGCCCCUGAUUACAUUAGUUCCAUGGCGAUCCCUCCAUUUGGAUAUCCGACACUGCCACUCCCAGGGCCUCGAUAUGGUUACACUGAGACCCUGAAACCAGUGGGUUACAGAAUUAAUCAAAGAAUGGUGAAUGGAGCUGCCCAGUUUUCCUCAGGGACUGGCCAAUUCUUGUCCCAAGGCCAGCAGAGCCAGACCAUUAAACCGACUCGCCGGAUAGAGGUCUCACCUGACAAUAGCCCGGUUUUGUCCCGCAAUCCCCCAAGGAUGGAAUUGAGAUUUUUGAGAAAGGGGAUAGUCGGAAGAGAGCCCACCUUGUCCUCCAGUCGGCGUGUCAUCCAUGUUGAGAGGAACUUGGGCAGUCGGCUGAACGCCAUGAGGUCCAUUUUGCAUAGCAACACGAGGUACACCCAGACGGAAGUUGCUUUGCCCACCUCCAGGCCACUUCCUGUCAGCAGGGUUCCUUCUCAAAGUUCCCAGAAGCACGUGGUCACCGUCAGCAGAGAGUCCCAAACUUAUGGAAGCGUUCACGACGAGAGUUUUCCCGUCAGCCCUGUUGUAAACUUUCGCCCCGGCCUCAGUCAAAGCAUGUCGAGGAUUUAUGACAGGAACCAAACCAGGGCCCUGGAUCAGCACGCAGAGGGAAUUGCUUUCAGUUACCACGGCGAAUCAUGCAAGAGGCAGGCCCAGGUAGGAGACAGAUACAACUGGACCCAAACAUCUCACCAGAGUAACAGUUUUAUAACCAGCAAACCCAUGGUUACUCAAGGGUUAAUGCCAGCGGAAAGUCUGAUAAUGGAAGCCCAGGAUGAAGCCCAGAUCCAGGCUGAGGCCCAAGCCCAGCCUCAGUCUCAAGCUCAACCUCAAGCCCAAACCAGUUACCAGGCAUCAAGCUACGAAGGAAACUAUGAAAUGCAAGGAGAACGUGCAAACCUGACCGAAAGCAGUGCAAGUGGAGAUGAUGAUGGUGACUGGACAAUUGAAACUGCAGUCUCUGCCCUGACACAUGAUAACACGGAUUACAUACUGUAUGGGGCUAAUUUCAUCCAACACGAGUGUUAUCAAAGACCUGAUGCAAAGAAAGAGCUUUACGCUUUGGACGGGAUUGGGAAACUGAUUGCGUUGCUCAGCAAUGAGAAUGUGGAGGUUCAGUCUGCAGCCUGCGGGGCAAUCCGCAAUGCGGUAUUUGAGGAGAAUGACAGCAAGCUAGAAGUACAGAAACAUAACGGAGUCCAGGAGCUGGUGUGGCUACUGGAACAAACCAAGGACAUUGAGACAAAGAAGCAAGUCACUGGUUUACUCUGGAACUUGUCUUCCAAUGAACAUCUAAAGGCUGACCUCAUCAAGAGAACUUUAAAACCAUUGACAACAUCAAUUAUCAUUCCAUUCUCGGGCUGGCCAGACGGAGAUGUGAAGAAUUUUGACAUAGACCCUGACAUCUUCUACAACACCACCGGAUGUUUGAGAAACCUGAGCUCAGCCAGUCCAGAGGGCCGAAAACAAAUGAGAGAAUGUGAGGGGCUGAUUGAUUCCCUUGUCCACUUCAUUCAGUUCACCAUUGCCAAUAAUCAAGAGGACGAUAAGUCAACAGAGAACUGCAUGUGCAUCUUACAUAACCUGUCUUUCCAACUGGAGAGUGAGCUGCCAAGUGCCUACUGUGAGAAUCUGGCCUGGAAAAAUGCUGCCUCAUCACAGAAGAAGUCAGGAGGGUGCUUUGGAGCACGAAGUUCACGGCUGAAGGAGGAGGACCUGGCCAAUAUUCCAACUUUGGAAGAGAAGAGGAAUCCCAAGGGUAUUGAGUGGCUUUGGCAUAGUUUGGUGGUGAGGAUGUACCUUUCUCUCGUCGCGAGGAGUACCAGGAACUGCACCCAGGAGGCUUCUCUAGGAGCUCUCCAAAAUCUCUCCGCCAGUAAUGGACCGAUGGGAUUCACCAUUUCUGAAAUUAUCACGUCGAAAGAGAAUGGACUUCAGCACAUCAGACGGAUGUUGUACUCGAAGGAGUCGAGUGUACAGAAAGCCGCAGUCUCUUUAUUGAGAAACAUGUCACGAAACCCAAAGGUCCACGAGGAACUGACCAGUCUGAUCAUGCCCGACCUGCUAUCUGUUCUCCCGGAACCAGACACUGUCUCUCCGAUGCCUAAUGAGACGAUCUCUUUUAUCUGCCAUGUGCUGAACAACCUCAUUCAGAAUAACCCGCAGAAUACUCGCAACUUUGUGCAGAAUGGAGGCCUGAAGAAAGUCGUAAGCAUUAGCAACGAUGACCGUAAUGUUACCACCCCAGCUGGAAACGCUGCCUCCAACCUGCUGUACAGCCUAUGGUUACAUCGGGACCUUCACAGUAUCUACAAAAAGGCUGGAUUCACCAAGUCAGAUUUUAUCAAUAACCGAACGACAAAGGCCUAUCAUGCAGCUCGUGAACGGAAGUCGUUUUACUGAGAUUGACAGAGACAGCGAUGACGCCAACAAGCCCCUUUCCCAUGAGGAGGGGGAAGAGUUUACUUUUGGGGAGGACCCACAUUUCCUUGGCUGGCGUUAUCCAGGCAGUGAUACAGGUCAGGGCUUUACCGAGUUCAACUCUGUGCUGAGUAACAGCUCCUUCAUUCCGACUGCCAGGUGGACUACUGCUGCUCUAUAGCCAUGACCCGAAGGUCAGACAAGCUGUUAAACACUGAAAACAACAAAUGCUGGAGAUGGCAGUAUCCAUGGAGAGAGAGCAAGCUAACGUUCCAAGUGUGGAUGACUGGUUAACACCCUCCAGGCAACACAUGACAAUGGAUUAGCAUUCCACCUACAAAUCCUCAAAUUCCCAGGAAGAAAAGGAACAUUAUUGUGCUGGGCAGCUUGUAUCUGAACUACCACUGGCUCCACUGUGCCAUUACCGUGUUGAGAAGGAGACUUGAUACCUAAUUAUAGCAUACCUGCUCUGUUUUAGCUGUACAAAUACAUUGACUGGGUUAGCAUUUCAAUGUCUGACAGUGCCUUUUAGAAUAUGCAAAUUACUCAUUUAUAUUUAUCAGGGUUCAGUCUCUAAAGUGAAAGAUUUCUUUUCACUAAUUGGGUCUUGGAAUGCAAAUAAAUGGCAGGGGUGUCAUUUAUUGCCCAUCCCUAGUUGCCCUUGAGAAGGUGUUGGUGAGCUGCCUUCCUGAACCACUGCUGUAGAAGGA